GGCCCCGCCUGAAGCGGCGGCGGGCGCGGCCCGGGGACAGCGAGGGGACAAGGAGGGGACAGCGAGGGGACACCGAGGCCACAGCGAGGCGACAGCGGCCGGAUUCAUCCCACGGCAUCUCCCCGACAUUCCCAAACUUUCUGCAACGCGGGGAAAAACGGGAUAAUUAAGCAGGGGGGAAAAAAAAAACCAGAAAAUUCCUGGAAAUUUCUCCGUAAAAAAAAAAAAAAAAAAAAAAAAAAACCAAAACCGAGGAGAUGCUUCCCAAAUUUUGCCCGUCUCCAAAUCCCGGGAAAACGCUGAGGCUGGAGGGAUAAAGCCCCGCCGGGAGGCGGGGGCGGUGAUGCCGCGGCUCCCGCGCCUCCUCGCCGAGCUUUUCCCGGCGAAUUGGGCGGCAUGGCGGAGCACCGGGAGCUGCUGGCCGAGAUGCCGGCGGUUUCCCGCCUCAGCACUCCGGAGCGCCUCCGGCACGCCCAGAAACGCCGGGCGCAGCAGCUGAAGAAAUGGGCGCAGGCGGAGAAGGAAAUCCCGGGAAUCGCCGCGGCGGCCGCCGGCGAGAGGAAGAGGAGGAGGAGGAGGAAGACGGUGACGUUCCCGGCCAGCGUCCGGCUCCUGGAAGCGGCCGCCCGGCACGACGCCGAGGAAGUCCGGCAGUUCCUGGAGAGCGGGAUCAGCCCCGACCUGUGCAACGAGGACGGGCUGACGGCGCUGCACCAGAGCUGCAUCGACGACUCCGUGCCGCUGGCCCGGCUGCUGCUGGACGCGGGCGCCGCCGUGGACGCGCGCGACGCCGAGCUCUGGACGCCGCUGCACGCCGCCGCCACCUGCGGCCACCGCGGCCUGGCGCAGCUGCUGAUCCAGCGCGGCGCCGACCUGCUGGCGGUGAAUUCCGACGGGAACAUGCCCUACGACCUCUGCGAGGACGAGGCCACCCUGGAGUGCCUGGAGAGCGCCAUGGCGCGGCAGGGGAUCACGCAGGAGCGCAUCGAGGAGGCGCGGGCGGCCACGGAGCGCGCCAUGCUGCGGGAAAUCCGGGAGCUGAUCCGCGACGGAGCGCGGCUGGACGAGCCCCGGGGACACGGCGCCACCCUGCUGCACGUGGCGGCCGCCAACGGGUACCUGGAGGCGGCCGAGCUGCUCCUGGAGCACCGCGCCCGCGCCGACGCGCGCGACGCCGACGGCUGGCAGCCGCUGCACGCCGCCGCCUGCUGGGGACAGGUGCAGCUGGUGGAGCUGCUGGUGGCUCACGGCGCCGACCUCGGCGCCAAAUCGCUGCUGGACGAGACUCCCCUGGAUGUGUGCGGGGACGAGGAGGUGAGGGCCAAGCUGCUGGAGCUGAAGCACAAGCGGGCGGCCGUGCUGAAAUCCCAGGAGAGGCAGAAAUCCCAGCUCCAGAGGAGAACGUCCAGCGCCGGCAGCCGCGGGUGGUGCGCCGCGCCAGCCUCUCGGAGCGCUCCAGCCGCCUGCGCCGGGAGCUGCGGCGCGAGGCCAUCGUCUGGGGACACCUCGGGGACAGCGAGGACGAGGACAGGGCCAGCGCCGAGGGCCACCGCGGCGGCGCCGGGGACCCGUCCCCAACCUCGGAGCCAUCCUCGCCGUCCCCUCACCCCAACGGCUCCGCGACGUCCCCGACGUCCCCGACGUCCCCUCGCUGUCCCCUGCCCACCCCCUCGGGUGACAAAAGCCACCCGCACACCUUGGCCGACCUCAAACGGCACCGGGCGGCCGCCAAAAACCCCAAAAACCACCCCAAAAACCACCCCAAAAACCCCGAAACACAUCUUGGCGACGUCGUUGGGGACGUCACCGUUGGGGACACCGUUGGGGACACCGUUGGGGACAUCGUUGGGGACACCGUUGGGGACACCGUUGGGGACAUCGUGGAGCCGCCGCUGCUGCGGCUGACGGCGCCGGCCGAGGAGGGCGCGGCGGAGAAGCGGCGCUGCUGUCGGGUGAUGUGACCCCCGAAUUUUUUGGGGUUUGGUUUUUGGGGUGUCGACCCCCUCAAAAAUCUUUUGGGGUCGUCCCCAAAAUUGUCACUUUGUGUCCCCACCCAAAAAAAAAAAAAAAAAAAGGGGAUUUUUUUUGGGGGUUUUUUUUUUUUUUUUUUUUGGUGGGGACAUCCCAAAAAA